AUGCUUAUCGCAACUCGCUCGUGUGUGUGCUCGGACAUUAAGCCCCCUCAACACGCGCUACGCGAGCGGACGUGCGACAAGGCGGGAAAAGGGACGCUCCUUUUGCGGCGCAAUUACUCCCGCCCUGAAAUAGAGACGCGUAGAGUCGUUCACCCGGCGACAUAUUUGGUUAACUGCUCCCACUUUAGAAGCGAUGUCCCGGUGCGUGCACUUGCGUUUCGAUCCGGCGACAAUGUCCGCACCGACCGUGUUGAUGCAAUAAGCAACUCUGUUAGCGCGGUGUUGAGU